GACGCUGCCCACUCUCCCCAUCAGCACCACCACUAUCACCUACGUGGUGUCUUUGUAAUUCUCCCCGUGCUGCUUCUGCUAGUUCUGCAGGUUCUGCUUCAGCAAAUGGAAAUCGCAAUGGCCAUCCAUUUAUUACCCUGCACCGAAAUGGUGAAUGCGCCUGAGAUGGCACUUGCCCGAAGAAUAAUUGAAGACGCCACUCCGCCCGGCUAUACACUUAUUAAUCAAGAACCAGCGGUGCAGACAGGGCGGCACCCUCAUCGAUGGAUAGCGGUAUUCACCAGAAAUGACAAUUAUUACAGUUGUGGCUGUAACUACUUAACUGUUACAAGACGAGCAUUUCUGAGGUUGCAACCACAGGGAAGUGCUGUCAGCAAUGUAAGAGGUACAAAAAAGGGGCUUUUCCUGGUAGUCGAUCGAGAGCCGAUGUUUGGGUUAUGUGAUCAGGAAAGGCGCCUUAGCGAGCGGUGUGGAUAAAAUGGUAACAGGAUGACAACCUGAAUUAAUGUAUGCUAAGACAUGACGACAGAAGGUUGUAUAUAGAGGAUCGAUGUAUGGACUGUAAAAAAAAUAUAUAGUGUGGUUCGUUUUGGGCCUUGUACUGUUGAGUUUAAUUUCAACCCUUACAAAUUCAGGAGUGGGAUUGGUUAAUCCAUGUGCAUAAAAAGUACAUUUAAUAAGUUAGUGACAAGUGUUUAAAGACAAUUAAAAUGGGCAAACAUAAAAGUAGUAAUUCCCGCCAACAAAGAUCGCAAACUCCGGAUGGACACCCCCCUGAAAUGCCAUCCACAUCAAGGCGACUAUCGUCAUCGGGAGAUUCCACAUCUUCAGAGGGAUACACCCCAGAAAGAUCACCCCCACCCAUGAAAAGUCCGCAAAAAGCGACCAGAAAUACGAGUUCCAAAAGAAAACACAAAGAGAAAAGUCGAAAAAGGUCUUCAACAUAUGAAAGGGAAAUCUCGAGGCAAAAGAAGAAACUCGCACGUCUGGAAGAAAAGAUAACGAUAGUGGACAAAGCCAGUCGGAAGAUGAUUUUGAACCACACUAUGGGUUUUGGUGGGGUUCAGAACGAUCAAUCUGAGGACAGCUUGAUAAAAUAG